AUGAAUAUCUGUCAAAUUGAAAUGUACAGAAUACCACCUUAUGAAAUUGAUAAAAAGGCAAUGAGAAAUUCAUUGAUAAGAUUUGGAAAAAGGGAUAAUUUUUACCCACAAGAUAAACAGCCCCAAUAUAAAAACUCAGAUAAGAUUCAAAAAAAUUCAGAUGAUCGUGCUGAUAAUCUUGAAAUGAUAAUAUAUUUUCUUGAUAUGACAAGUAAAAUGUGA